AUGAUCUACUUUCUUAUCUAUGUCGAUGACAUUUUGAUUACUAGUAGCCAUACUCAGUUUAUCAAUCAGUUAAUUCAUAACUUGAAUGCUCAGUUCUCUCUAAAAGCUCUCGGCACAGUUAAUUAUUUUCUUGGUAUUGAGGCUACUAAAGCAACUCACAGUCGUCAUCUUAAGCAAACCAAGUAUGUUUCAGAUUUGCUUGUCAAAACCGAGAUGUCAAAUGCUCGUGCUUGUCCUUCACCGAUGACUGUUGGCACCAAACUUUUCUCCACUGGCAAUGUAUCUGGUUUUCAAGUCAUCAGUUCCCAGCCUUGUUUGAGGGGAAUGUGGAUUGAAUCAUCAGAAGCCAAGUUACCAUUCCCAGCUUUGCUUGAAAGGGAAUGUGGAUUGAAAAAUCAAAAGUCAAGUUACCAUUCCCAGCCUUGUUUGAGGGGGAAUGUGGAUCUAAAUGUCAAGUCUGAAUCAAUACUUAUGGAGAAAAUUAUUCAUGAUAUUUUAAAAAGAUUGAAAUAUAUGUUCUCAACUGAUAACAAGGACUUGGUUGAAGUAGAAUCAAUGAUCGAAAAAAUUGCAUCUUCAUUUUGGACGGGGAUCAAUGAUGUUUGCAAAUUAGGAAUUUGGGGCAUUGGUGGUAUAGGUAAGAAAACUGUUGCUAGUGCUGUAUAUAACAAAAUCUCGAGUCAGUUUGAAAGUUCUUACUUCACUCAAAAUGUUAGGGAAGAAUCAGAAAAUCCUAAUGGACUAACCCACCUGCAUGAAAAACUUCUUUCAACUAUAUUAGAGGAUAAAAAUCUUUGCAUUGGUACUCCUAAUAUGGGAAAUCCAUUCAUACAAAGUAGGCUUCGUAAUAAGAAGGUUUUCAUUGUUUUUGAUGACGUGAUUUCUUCCGAACAAAUAGAAGUAUUAAUUGGAGAUCUUAAAUGUUUGGGUUUUGGUAGCCGAAUCAUCAUUACAACUAGAGAUAAACAAGUGCUAAGAAAUUGUGAAGUUGAUCAAAUAUACCACUUUGUUGGAUUAUUUGGUAGCCACGCUCUUAAGCUUUUUUGUCAAUGUGCCUUUAAACAAGAAGAUCCCUUGAUAGAUUAUAAAGAAUUGUCAAAAAGGGCAGUAAGAUGUGUAAAAGGUGUUCCAUUAGCUCUCAAAGUCUUAGGUCGGCAUCUCCAAAAUAGGCAAAGGCAAUGUUGGGAAAGUGCAUUGGAUGAAUUAGAAGAGUCUCCUCAUAUGGAUUUCCAAAGAGUACUAAAGAUAAGUUAUGAUGGACUGAAUUAUAAAGAGAAAGAUUCAUUUCUGAACAUUGCAUGCUUCUUCAAAGGAUGGAAUGAGUGUGUAGUCAAAGAAAUAAUGGAUUCUUGUGGCUUGCGUGCACAAAUUGGGAUAAGUGUUCUCAGUGAUAAGGCUCUUAUAACUAUAUCAAACAACAUCAUUACUAUGCAUGAUUUACUUCAAGCAAUGGGUAGGGAAAUUGUUAAGCAAGAAUCUAUUCAUGAACCUGAAAAACGCAGUCGAUUGUGGCAUCAUAACGAUAUCUACCGUGUAUUAACAUAUAAUAUGUGUAUAGACGUCAGCUUCUCCUGUCAUCUGCUCAAAAUCCCAGACCUUUCUCAUGCCACAAAUCUUGAGAGCUUGAUUCUUGAAGGCUGCAAAAGUUUGUUAGAGAUCACUCCACCGUCUAUUCAGAAUGUCAAUUCGCUUGUUAGUCCGAAUCUAAGAAAUUGCAAAAGCCUCAUCAGGCUUCCUAUUGCAAUUCAAUCAAAAUCUCUUAGAUUUAUUAUUCUAUCUGGAUGCUCAAAUCUCAUGACAGCUCCAAGGAUUACUUGUAAUAUGGAACAGUUGUGUUUGGAUGGAACAGCAAUUGAUGAGUUUUCCUCUUCGAUCGAAUAUCCUCCUAAACUAGUUGAAUUGAAUCUUGAGAACUGUUCAAAGCUUAAGAGUCUUCCCAACAACUUUUAUGAGUUGAAAUCUCUUCGACGUCUUGUUCUCCGGGGUUGUUCAAAUCUCAAGACUAUUUCAAAGCUACCAUGUGAAAUAGAAGAAUUAGAUUUAGAUGGCACUGCAAUUAAGGAAUUGUCUCCAUCAAUUAAGCAUUUAUCUAAUCUAUUCCAUUUGAGGCUUACAAAUUGCUCAAGCCUUGAGAGUCUUCCGGACGGUAUUUCUAAGUUGAAGUCUCUUAAAUAUCUUGAUAUCUCUAGUUGUUCAAAACUUGACAGAUUGCCUGAAGACUUUGCAAAUUUACCAAGUUUGGAGGUGCUAGAAGCUGAUGAAAUUCCUGUAAAAGAUGUGUCAUCAAUUUUUUGUUUGACCAAACUUGGUAGAUUAUCUUUGGACAAAUGUAAGAGUCUAGAUCUGGUUGUCCUUUCAAGGAGUUCUAUUAUUUAUCCUGGAAAUGAAAUUCCAAAGUGGUUUACCAUUCAAAGUAAUAGACAUUUUAUAGAGCUACCAGGAGGUUCAUUUAAUAAUAUUAUUGGUUGUGCCUUUUGCGCCAUUUUAGAAUUCAAAGAUUACCAUUAUAACAACCAAGAGUUGGUUGUUAAAUAUUUAUUCGAAACGGACGAUGCUUGGGAGACUAUUUCUCAACCUCAACUGUCUAAAGGAUGUUUUUGGGCUUGGGGUAGAAGAGGAGGACCCAAUUAUAUUGAGUCCAAUCAUGUAUGCUUGGGAUAUAAAUUUGAUAAUUUCUCGUGUGAUGCCAAGGCCACGAUAAUCUUCCAAGUAACCAAUGAUUUCAGUAGCUCUAGGCCAUCAGAGUAUUGCAAGAUAAAAACGUGUGGGGUCCAUUUCUUUUCCGAACAAGAUUUGCCAGAAGUUGUGGAAGAAUCUACAUCCGGAAGAUGUUUAUCUAUGAUGAGGAGGAAAAGAAAGAGGUCCAAGACAUUGAAAUUUCAAAAUUUCAUUAACGGCGAACCUAGUUCAAGGUAA